GUGCCAUCUCUGUACUUGUCCAUAACUCAGUUGAACUGCUCUCUGCCCCACUGGCACAUUUCCGCUGCAUUGCCUUUCAAGAAUAAGGGUUAUUCUCCUGGCUGCGCCCAAAUCUGAAUUCUGAGCCCCUGAUUCUGAGCUGGGGGCCUGACAGCGCCCCCACAUCCCUGUACAGGCAGAGGCGAGCACGCCAUCACUGCCCCUCCUGGGUCUCGGGCUAGUGCUCUGGACACCCCUACCUUGUCCCUGCUGUUUCUGCGGAGUCUGAUGGUGGAAUUGUAAUCCCUGUUACUCUGGCCCACUGCCGCAUGUGACUGAAGAGGGCAGGACAGGUGUGCAGGUGUCUGUUGGGAGUGCCCAGUGUCCCCUCCCCCGCAGCACCUAGCAGCUGUGUGGCUUCACCUCUCUGAACCUCUGUGUCACCAUGAAAUGGAGUCCACGGCGUGUGCCGUGGAGCCCUGGAGGGACUUUGAAUAUGUCGGGGAUCGCCCUCAGCAGACUCGCCCAAGAGAGGAAAGCUUGGAGAAAAGACCACCCAUUUGGUUUUGUGGCUGUCCCGACAAAAAACCCCGACGGCACGAUGAACCUCAUGAACUGGGAGUGUGCCAUUCCAGGAAAGAAAGGGACUCCAUGGGAAGGAGGGUUGUUUAAACUGCGGAUGCUUUUCAAAGACGAUUAUCCAUCCUCACCACCAAAAUGCAAAUUUGAACCACCGUUGUUCCACCCAAACGUGUACCCUUCAGGCACAGUGUGCCUGUCCAUCCUCGAGGAAGACAAGGACUGGCGGCCAGCCAUCACGAUUAAGCAGAUCUUACUAGGAAUACAGGAACUUCUAAAUGAACCAAAUAUCCAAGAUCCAGCUCAAGCAGAGGCCUACACGAUUUACUGCCAAAACAGAGUGGAAUACGAGAAGAGAGUUCGAGCACAGGCCAAGAAGUUUGCACCCUCAUAAGCAGCAACCUUGGGGCAUCUAAAAGGAAGGGAUUGGUUUGGCAAGAACUUGUUUACAACCUUUUUGCAAAUCUAACGUUGCUCUGUACAAUUACUAGUCACCUGGGGAGGGUUGGACGGGCGCCAUUUUCCAUUUCCGCCACUGGUACACAGUUCUCGACUCGCUGAAUUGCCCAGUUUUUCAUACAGGGUCUCUUCCUUCAGUCUUUUGUAUUUUUGAUUGUUAUGUAAAACUUGCUUUUAUUUUAAUAUUGAUGUCAGUAUUUCAACUGCUGUAAAAUUAUAAACUUUUAUACUUCGAUGAGCCCCCAGAGCUCGAUCCCUCGCUCACGGACGCGGCAUGCUUCUCCCAGUCAGAGCUGCGCGUGGCCUCAGCUGGCUGCAUGAGAAAGGAAGUCCGCCUGCCCCUCCCACCGCACUGUUCUCUCUCCGCAGAACCUGGGUUGUGUUGCUUACGAGCCCCAGAUCCAAAGUCAGCCAGCACCUCGUCUCCGCAUCACUUCCUUUGUGUUUAUAUGGCGUUUUGUCUGUGUUGCUGUUUAGAGUAAAUAAACUGUUUAUAUAAAGGUU